AUGCCAUCGAGGCCUGCGCGUGUGCACACGUCGGUGGCAGUGCAGAUGUGCUCGUGUUCGGGUGACUCACACCAAGCAAAGACGACUUGGCACCUGGCGCGUCUCGUGUGCGGCCACUGGCCCGAGUCCUUUGCGACGCUGGCGCUCCCUUGUAAAAGUAGCCCUCCGCCGCUGUCGAUUUGCCGCAUCAUGUUCGCUGCUGCGCGCCUGGUCGCGCCUCGGCGUUGCAGAAACAGCUUUCUGCUGCGCUCCUUCGUUUUCCUUGCCCACCCUUGCGCUGUGGCGGUGGCCCUGGCAUCGGCCAGCACUUUCGGUGCCCUCGCUGCCUGCGAGCGGGAGCAGGAGGGCUGCGAGCAGGCUGCGCUGCUGCAGGUCACGAAGUCCUCCGAAAAGUCGCUGAAGUCGCUGUGGCCCUUCUCGGGCCUCGUGCAGAAGACGGGACGGCUCCAUUCGGAGCUGGAUCAGGAGAGGCUGGACGAGGUGCACAAGGUCCAUGCGGACAUGGAGGCCCUGGCCAAGCAGAAGCUGGUGGAGUUGGAGUCGAAGAGGAUGAAGCGGAACCUCAGCGACUACAACCUGACGCAGGAGGACUUCGGCCUGAGCAACGUGACCCUCACUCUCCUGGACACCGUGCUGACAGAGAUGGGCAGCCUCCUUUCGCAGAUCAACGCCUCGCACCUCACGGACGAGCAGCUGCUCCUGGACCUCGCCGAGGGCUUUGUGCAGUGCAACACCGACCUGACGGCUCGGCAGGUGCAAAGCGACAACCUGAGCAGCCUGGUGAACGACGCCAGCGACUCCCACGACCUCUGCCGCAGCACCGAGCAGAACUUGUCGGCGCAGAACGCCACCGCUUGGGCCGCCUACCUGGCCAAAGGCAGCGAAGCGCAGCCGCAGGAGGUCUUGGACUGCCUGCAGGACUUCGUGAACGGAUACAGCCCUCAGACGGCCGAUCACCUUCAGGCGAUCAUUGACUGCGCGUCCACCCUCCAGUCGUGGUCCACAACUUUCGGUGUGAACAUGACGGGCCUUCGGGAUGCCUACUUUGGGAGCCUGCACGCCCUGAGCAAUCACAGCGAAGACUGCCGGGUGAACCAGUCCACGCUGGAAAGCCACUUCUGUGAGUACCGGCAGCAGCUCGCGGACAGCUGCCUCGCGAUGGAUGAGUGCUACCAGAAUGUAAACCAGACCUUUCAUGAUCUCCUGGUCACCAUCGCCGCCUCCGACUCGCGCCGUGAGGCCUCCUUCAUCGCGGCCACGAAGGUGAUUUGCUACGUGAACGUCCUGAAGGCGAACCUCACGCAGCCCGCUGUGCAGGGCUGCCAGGACCUCGUGGUCGACACCACCGGCCUCGCCGUGGCUAUCCCCGUGCCCGCUACAAAGCAGGCCUGCGACACGUCGCCCGUUGCGGACUACCCCUGCAACACGACCUGGCAGCAGGAGGAGUACUACAGCAAGAGCUGGUACACGGGCGCCCCGCAGAUCCAGCCCGACACCUGCCCGGGGCCCCAGCGGGCCCGCUCCGUUCCCCUCCCCUGA